UUGACACAUCGUAACGCCUGAUCGGUAUUUGGCAUUGGCCGAGAGGCUAAAAUGUAUACUAUUACUUUAUACACUUCUAAAAUCUGUACUAUGUUCUAAAAUGUAUACUUACUAUUACUUUAUACACUUCCAAAAUCUGUACUAUGUUCGAGUAACAAAGUAUUCACGUAAACAAAAAUAGGAAUAUCUAUUUACGUUUGAUAAAUAAUUAUUUUGGAGUUAAGUGUAGAAACUUUGUAAUCUUUUCAAUUUUGUAUUGACUGCGACGUACACAGUAGUGUAGUACAUUAGCCGGCAGUCACAGUCAGACGGUGUCGUCAUGCGGUCCUUUUUAAUAUCGCUCUGCCUUGCGAGCGCAGUGCACUCACUCAACCUACAAUACUUGGAUCCAACUAAACUACAAACUCAAGUCCCACCUGAAAUUCAAGAACGUACUGCACUAGAAAUCAUCAAGCAAUAUUAUGCUAACGUAAACGUGAGAGUCGAUCCAGUUUAUUUUGUCAAUAAAAAAGACAGUUUUCAUUUAAAAACGUUCAAUGGCACCCUGCGUAUCAGAGCGAGCAGUGGAGUCGCUGCAACGUGGGGCUUCAACUAUUUUCUCAAGAAAUACUGCAAGAGCCAAAUUGAAUGGCAAACAAAACGCGUAGACGUACCUUAUAUACUGCCCGAAAUAGAAGAGACAGUGGUGGCCAACGACAGGUUCCGAUACUAUCAGAAUGUGUGUACAGCGUCUUACAGUUUCGUGUGGUGGAACAUCUACGAUUGGAGAGACCACGUGCAAUGGAUGGCCCUCAACGGUAUCAACCUUGCGCUAGCACCAGUGGCUCAGGAAGCCGCCUGGACACAAGUCUACAAACAAGUCGGAAUGUCUCAAGAAGAAAUAGACCAUCACUUCACUGGCCCCGCGUUUCUAUCCUGGCUUCGAAUGGGCAAUGUCCACGGCUGGGGAGGACCUCUACCAAAGUCAUGGAACGAACUACAAAAGGACUUUCAAAUAGAUAUCAUAAAUAGAAUGCGUAAUCUCGGAAUCGUUCAUGUGUUACCAGCUUUCAACGGUCAUGUUCCCGUCGCAUUUUCUAAAAUAUAUCCAAAUACAACAUUCCACAAAGUGGAACAGUGGAACAAAUUCGAUAAUACGUACUGCUGUGGUCUAUUCCUGGAUCCAUUUGACCCUCUGUUCAAGCACAUAGGUAAAAUGUUUCUCAAUGAGAUCUCUAAAGACACUCCCGCAAGUCAUAUAUACACUUCCGACCCUUUCAAUGAAGUUGAAACCUCGGAGUUCUCCACCGCACUCGUGCAGGAGACGGCAAAAAAAAUAUUUCAAACACUUUUCGACUUCGACAAGGAUGCAGUGUGGCUUCUACAAAAUUGGAUGUUUGUUAACUCUCCUCUUGCGUGGCCAGUGGUCAGGGUUAAAUCUUUUUUAAAUUCUGUUCCAAACGGCAGAAUGCUGAUUCUAGACUUACAAUCAGAACAAUGGCCGCAGUACGAUCUGUAUCAAAUGUAUUAUGGUCAGCCGUUCAUCUGGUGCAUGUUGCACAACUUCGGCGGCACACUGGGCAUGUUCGGCAACAUGGUCACUAUAAACAAGGACGUGUACGAAGUGCGGUCGCAGGCUAACAGCACCAUGAUCGGCAUCGGCCUCACUCCCGAAGGAAUCAACCAGAACUAUGUGGUGUACGACCUGAUGCUGGAGUCUGCCUGGCGCAAGUCUCCCGUCGAGGACCUCAAUGCGUGGGUCGCUGACUACGCAGAGAGAAGAUACGGAUGUAACGAAACAACCGAAGCCUGGAAAUAUCUGCUCAAAAGUGUUUAUAGUUUUAAUGGAUUAAAUAGAGUCAGAGGGAAAUACGUCGUCACUAGAAGGCCGAGUUUAAAGCUAAAGCCCUGGGCUUGGUACAAAAGCUACGAUUUAUUCGAAGCGUUUCGAAAAUUCGUUUCCGUUAGUAAUACAAGUUGUUACUCGGAAGGGUUUCGUUAUGAUUUGGUGGAUGUGACACGACAAGCGUUGCAAUAUAGAGUCGAACAGCUCUACAUGAAUGUCGUCAAAGAUAGAUACACGAACGUAUACAUUUAUGAAGCUUCUAUUAACAGAUUCACUGAAGCUCUCUAUGAUAUGGCACAAAUAUUAUACCAAGAUGAACAUUUCCAGGCUUCUAAAUGGUUCGCAAAGGCGAGAGAGUUGGGACAAACACCUGACGAACAAGACUUAUACGAGUUUAAUGCGCGUAACCAAAUCACACUUUGGGGACCAAAGGGGGAAAUUUCUGACUACGCUUGUAAGCAAUGGGCAGAGUUGAUCGUAUACUAUUAUUAUCCAAGGUGGGUAAAUUUCCUUGAUGCUGCUCUUAAGGCGAAGAAAGCUGGUGAAGAAUUCAACGAAAAAGACACGCGUCGUGUGAUAACAGCGAAAAUAGAAGUGCCGUUUGUGACUGCUCGAACGGACAGUGUAACGGGUUCCUCGUCUACAGGAUCGAUUACUGCGACUUUGGAAGUAGCGAAGAGUUUGUACAGAAAAUGGUCGUGUGCUCCUGACGUGGAAGAUUUGCCAGUGAUUGUCAUAGGUUCAGAUAAAUACAAAAGGACUACUUUAGCUGAUGAUGACUCGGAUAAUGAGGAAACGUCAGGGUUCCCGAAUGUAAUGAUUAUUUCCACUACGCCUGAGGACUAAACACUGUGGCUGCGUAUUACAUGUGAGUUAUUGAAGGCUUAUGAUUAAAUUACCACCAGAUAUAGUAUACUACUAG